GCAUGUCCAGGACUUGUGAAAGAGUGGAAGUGAUUCAUGUCAUCUUUGAUAAAAAUCUAAAUUCUGCUGUUUUAAAACAGAAAAAAAGGAAGAACAAGAGGAAGCUUCAAAUUUCAAGAGUUUGGAAACUUUCCAAGGUGUGGUCACACAGACUUUCCCCCUCGCUCAGAUUUAACCACCAAACCCACAGAUAUUUUUAACAGUCAAACUUAAGAAUAAUCCUCAAUAAACUUCAAGGACUUUCUGCCCGAGUCACCAAAAUGACCUCAGAGCCAAACUUCACCACCGCCUCAAACCUCACCACCCCCACUGCCGAUGGUGGCUGCCCACCUGUCGGUAUUGGGCUGGAAGGUAAGAUCAUGCCACCCGUCCUCAUCAUCGACGUCAUUCUGGGGCUGCUGGGAAACCUGGUCGCUCUGUGGAUCUUCUGCUUCAAACUGAAGGCGUGGAACCCCAACAGCCUCUUCCUCUUCAACCUGGUUAUCGCAGACUUCCUCGCUCUAGUGAGUCUACCUCUGAGGAUCGACGCCUUGCUCAGGAGUCACUGGGUGUUUGGAGACGGCAUGUGUCGGAUCAACCUCUUCCUGAUGUUUUCCAACCGCUCGGCGAGCAUCGCACUCAUGACCGUGGUGGCAAUUUAUCGCUACUUUAAGGUGGUCCAUCCUCACCACCGCUUCAACCGCAUGACCAAGCGACAGGCGGUGUUCGUGUCGCUGUUUGUCUGGCUGCUGGUCAUCACGCCCCGGGUUCCUAUGCUGGCUUACAACCACAUCAAGGGCAGCGGCAAUACAACCCAGUGCUUCUUCUUCACGUCUUACAAAGAGGCGUCGCGAGCCAUCAUCAUCCUGGUGGCCAUGCAUCGCAUCCUCACCGUGCUGGAGUUCAUCUUCCCGAUGGCCAUGCUGCUGUUCUGCUCCAUCCGGAUCUCCAGCUUCCUGAAGGAACGACGUAUGGGCAAACCCGACAAAGUGCGCAAGGCGAUGCGAGUGUGCAUCGCCAUCGUCACAGUAUUCAUGGUAUGCUUUCUGCCCACCACGGUGACAACCAUCGGAGUGUGGAUCAUCCGCUCGUACCGCCCGUGGGACUGCACCAGCUUCUACAGAUUCACCCAGCUCAGCAUCGUGUCUCUGGGUUUGAACUUCCUGAACUCGGCCCUGGAUCCCAUCAUCUACAUCUUCUCCAGCUCCAUGUUCAGGAAGGCCCUGGUGAGUGCGCUGCCCUGUGCACUGCGCUGUGGGCAGGACGCCGAGGACAACAAGACGUCUUCUUCGGGAACUCAGUCGACCACCCAGGAGGAGAUGAAAUCCAUGAGGACUGAUAGAGGAAGCGAGGCGAAAUAG